CCCGAGUUUGCAGCCUGAAGUAAUUCUCUGCAGGCCGGACGCAACCCACCGCGUCCCAUCUGGUUAUCUGAUUGCUCGGCUUGGAACAUGCGUUCUCUCAUCAUCCUCGCUGCCGCGUUGCUGGCGUUGGCUGCGUCAGUACGGGCGCUGCAGAUCGAAGCCGUCUGGUCGUCGACGUACGACAAAAAGCUGUGGAUCAGCGAUGUGACGAGUCAGUACAGCAAGUCGGCUCGCACUUUUGUAGACGCGGCCGACCGGUCCUCCAGCGCUCAGGCGCCGAAUGUUUACCCUGCCUCGAACCAGCGCCUGCAGGAAUUCCAUGGUUGGGGCGUCGGCAUUACCGACGCGACGUCGAUCGUCCUGCAAGGUGUCCGGCAGCAAAAUGAGACGCUGUAUUGGGAGUUGUUGCGCUUGCUCUUCGACCCAUCCGAAGAGUACAUUGCCAAAGGCGGCGCAGGCUGCACACUGACGCGCACGCCUCUGUCGGCCACUGAUUUCUCCAUCGCCGAGUAUACGUAUGACGACACGUCUGACGGCUCGCCGGAUCCGACUUUUGAGAACUUUAACAUCAGCGCGGCCCCAAUGACGUGGACGACGCUACAGGACAUCACGACCGUUUCCAAUGGUCGCGUCAAGCACUUUUUUGCGCCGUGGAGCCAGCCAGCGUGGAUGAAGACGGGUCAGAGCAACGGCCCCAAUGGCCUGCACGGCGGCACGAUCCAGCCGCAGUAUUACUCUCUGUACGCUAAGUACCUCACCAAGAUCCUCAUGGCGCUAGGAGAGAUGGGCAUCCAGGCUUACCGCCUCUCGCUGCAGAAUGAGCCCAAAUAUGCUCCGACCGCCUACCCCGGCACCAUCAUCGAAUCCGAUGACGCCGCGGACAUUGGUGACCUCGUUCGCGCCGAGUUUGACAGCAACGGAUUCGAGGACGUCGGUCUGCUCGCACUCGAUCACAAUUGGGACUUGCAGGAGUAUCCGAUCGACGUCUUCAAUCGCAGCAAAGCCUUCACUGGCGUCGCAUGGCAUUGCUACGGCGGCAGCCCCUCCGGCCAGCAGCCAUUCAACCUCGCCUAUCCAGAUGCGGAGGUCUACUUUACCGAGUGCACGCGCAUUACGCAAUGGUUCAAUGAACCGUGGCAGAACCUCAAAACGCAGGGCCAAGUCCUCACUGUCGGCUCGAUCAACUAUAAGUCGCAAAGCGUCAUCCUCUGGAACGCGGUGCUGAACGCGACCGCCGACCGCUUCACAGGCCCGACGCUGCCAGGUGUCUGCACCAACUGCCUGGCGCCCAUCGAAAUCCUCCCAGACGGAUCGUACGAACUCACGAGCGAUUUCGCCACGCUCGCGCAUGGCUCGCUGGCGACUCGCGUCCGCGGGAUGGAGACGCAGUCGUUUGUCAUGGGUGUCAACACAACGGCCGGACAGCUUCUUGCCCAAGGGUUCGAAAACCCUCUCGGGAACGGAAUGUCGCGCUUCUCGCUCGUUUUCCUGCAGCAGAACGACCACUACGGUACCGGCUUGUUCGAGAACUUCACCGCCACCAUCCAGUUCCGCGGCCAAGUGGUUGAUAUCGAGCUGCCGGUUGGCAUGCACACACUCUGGUGGCACGCACCGACGCACCAAGAACCUUUAUGGCGGCAUCAACAGGACCGCCAGCACCAACAGCAUCGCCAGCAUCAACAGAAGGGCCAGCACCGCCACAUACGGUAACGCGGCUGGUGCCGUUAGAUAUGCCGAAAACGACAGUGCCAGGAGCUCCGCGGAUCCGAGUUUCAACUUUGAGAAAGAACAGGAUGCCCAGCUGGUGCACAGUGCGGAACAGGUCCACUUUGCUCUGCCGCACGCGCGCCGUGCGUUCGCUGGAGCACAACGAGCAGUCUACACAAGACUGCACCUGCAUGGACUUUCAUCUAUUUCUCCCAAUAGAACAUUCUGGAAG